AUGGGGUACGACAGACGAUCGUCGGAUCCGAAGCGGACGGGGGACCCCUGUGGCUACUUCACCAUCUUCGUAGCCUUCCCGUCAUUAGCAGCCCCUCGUGUGAGCAUGGAAAUUGAGAGGAGCCCCUUUCUUAUGCUGCAGCGCGGAGCAGCGUCCCGAUGUGGGAGAUCGUUGUUGUGGAAUUUUCUCCAUCUUUCUUUUACUUCUGUUUCCAGCACAUCGCGGCGGGCGCCGCCGUAA